UUUUGUUUAUAUUAUACGAUUUUUAUCAUUUUAAUUCUUCUUUAUUUUAACUUUUUUUUCAUAUAUUUAGUGAUAGACUUCGCUCUUAAAGCUGCAAAAAGUCUUUCGGAUUACAAAUGGACUCAUUAUAAUGACUCAACUAUAGUACAAUUAGAAUUAUUUCUAAACGCCAUGUCUUCAGUAUUAUGCAUACUUUCUCAAUCUGUUGAUAUGAUUCAUUCAGAUACUCGUGUUUCUUUAUACAAAUCUGUCUCGAAAUCCUGGAAAGUUUACAGAAAAUCAAAUUAUAUUAAUGCUAAUAUUAUGUUCAGACUUCGUGAAAUUCGAACUUGCUUGCGAAUAAUUGAAGAUGAUCAAUCAAAUCUUGAAAAUUUUGUAUCAACAGGUAGCAAAGUUAUUGAAACUAUUUAUAAUGUUGUGAAUAGCGAAUAUUUGUCCGCUCUUUCUUCCGUUACUCAUGUCUUGAACUUCGAAUAUUCCGCUGGGAUUUGGUAUGAUGAUUGGAAAGAAAUGCAUGAAAUUUAUUUUACAUUACGUCAACAAUCUUUGGAAAAUAAUCUUCAAUUAGAUAGUAUUAAAAAAUUUAUUAGGAAAUUAAUUAAAUUGUCAACUAAAGAAUUUGAAAGAGUAAAAAGAAAAAAUACAAAAUAUCGAAACCUUGAAUAUAAAGUUCUUAAAACUGGAGGGUAAGAAUAAAUUUCAUUUUCGUUCUUUUUUUUUCAAAUUUUACUGAAACCAUUAAAAACCUUUUUUUUUUUUUAGGGAAAUAUUAGGAUAUUCUUUACCUGACAAUAUCGAUACCCUUUUAAUCGGAUACUUACAUUUAAUCCAACGUAUUCUUGAAGAAUUUUUCCCUCAAAUAAAAGGAUAC